CAUCAGUUCGAUUACACUUAACCGUAUGCUUUUGAUGGACGUAGUAGUGAGUGAAUUUAAAUUCGUGUAUUUUUUGUGUUAAUCGUAUACGCUGAAACCAUGGAUCAAAUUCUAGUCAGUGUCAAACAAGGACAUUUGAGAGGAAAGGAAUGCAAAGACUACUACGGAAGGAAAUACUACAGUUUUCAAGGUAUUCCGUAUGCCAGGCCACCUGUUAACGAAUUGAGAUUUAAGGCUCCUCUCCCGCUUGAUAAAUGGGAAGGUGUCUUAGACGCAACUAAGGAAGGCAACAGAUGCUAUGCUAGGCAUAAUUUUUUUCAAAAACUCAUGGGAUCAGAGGAUUGUCUCUUCCUAAACAUAUAUACUCCCUCUUUACAUUCCCCUUUAUUGCCCGUAAUGUUCUGGAUACACGGCGGUGGGUACGUUUCCGAUUCCGGGAGCUCGGAGCUGUACGCGCCCGAUUUUUUGGUACCCGAAGACGUCGUGCUUGUCACCAUUAACUAUAGAUUAGGAAUGCUGGGUUUUCUAAGUCUGAAAGAUCCCAGCUUAGGUAUACCAGGAAAUGCGGGGUUAAAGGAUCAAGUCUUGGCUUUAAAAUGGGUGAAGAGCAACAUUGAGCAAUUCGGAGGUGAUCCUAAUAAUAUAACGAUUUUUGGACAAAGUGUAGGCGGUGGGUCCGUGCACUAUCUAAUGUUGUCACCGUUGAGUAAAGGGAUAUUCCACAAGGCCAUAAUUCAGAGUGGAAGUGCGCUGAGCAACAGAGGCCGUGGCCAGUAUUCGACUCCGUUAAUAUCCAAAGCGUUGAAGCUCAAUUCCAUGACAGAUGUAGAACUACUCCACGUGCUCAAAGAACUGGCUGUAGAAGAACUCUUUGAAUUGCAAGAAAAAAUUCCUGAACCGUACCUCGUGAGCGUCCACCGACCCUUUGGUUUUGUUGUAGAGCCAUACCUGACCGAAGGAACUUUCUUAGCUGAGGAACCUAUAGAUAUAAUCAAAUCAGGUAGAUACCACGACGUUCCUUUAAUGAUAGGAUUUACAUCCAGAGAGGGAUUCUACGCUACGGUCAGAUACAACAAUGUGCAAAUGGUCGGAGACUUUGAAGAUGAAAUCGCAUGCAGCUUGCAGGUUGCCAAAGGAACGGAACUGUCCAAACAGAUCGCGAACAAAAUCAAGAAGUUCUUCUACAAUAACGAAAUGCCAUCUAUGUUAAACACAGAUGCCUUCCACCUUUUACAAACGGACAACAUGUUCUUGAGGCCCGUAUACAACACCGUUCGAUACCAUCGCGAUACCGCAAGGUGUCCGAUUUAUUUCUAUCGAGUGUCGAUUGACUCACAACUGAAUGCCGAGAAACGGUUUAUGGGGAUUACUAAACCAGGCGUGUGUCAUGCAGACGAACUGGGUUACCUGUUUAUGAGCGAGAGUACCGCGAAGAUUGCUCCCGGCAGUAUUGAAGACAACGGAAUCAAAGUAUUUACUACUCUGUGGACUUCAUUUGCAAAAACCGACAACCCAAACCCCACGGAAAAACAUCCUCUGAUCGACGUGCUCUGGAAACCGGUAAAGGAGGGGCCGAUUGACUUCCUCGAUAUCGGUGAAAACCUGACAGUCGGCGUGAACCCCGAAAAAAUUCGUAUGGCGUUUUGGGACGGAAUUGAUCGAAUGUGUUCAGUGCGAUAAACCAUGGUUUUUUUAAUUUCGGAUUCAGUGUUUUUUUUGUCUAAUAAAAAAUAUACAAUUGCUUACAGUAGAACGAUCACAUCCUGAAUGUCCACAGAUUAAUAAUAGAAAUAUCUACUGAGGAGCCAACUUAAGUGUAAUUUAAGUGGAAUUUUUAAU